GGCGGGCUGCGCGGCGGCCGGCGGUUGUCGGCGGGGCAGUCCGGCGGGCAGCGGCGGCCGUUCCGGCUGCGGCACAGCGGCGGGCGAGCGGGCUGGGCGGGAUGCGGGGCCGCCGCCGCCGUCUCCUGAGAGUCUGAGCGCCGGCCGGGCCGCGCGCCCCCCCCACCCCCUCCCCUCUCGGGCCGCCUCGGGCCGAGCGUUCCGAGCGCGGCCCGGGCCCAGCGCCGCCGCCGCCGCCGCCCCGCCCCUCCCCCGCCCGGCCGGCCGGCCCGGCGCUCAUGCGGACCGGGCCCCGCCCCCCGGCCGAGCCCGCCGCCCGAGCCCGCGCCUGAGCCAGCGCCGCGCGCCCGCCAGCCCGCACCAUGCUCAAGUGCAUCCCGCUGUGGCGCUGCAACCGGCACGUGGAGUCGGUGGACAAGCGGCACUGCUCGCUGCAGGCCGUGCCCGAGGAGAUCUACCGCUACAGCCGCAGCCUGGAGGAGCUGCUCCUCGACGCCAACCAGCUGCGCGAGCUGCCCAAGCCCUUCUUUCGUCUGCUGAACUUGCGGAAGCUGGGCCUGAGUGACAACGAGAUCCAGCGGUUGCCCCCCGAGGUGGCCAACUUUAUGCAGCUGGUGGAGCUGGACGUGUCCCGGAACGACAUCCCGGAGAUCCCCGAGAGCAUCAAGUUCUGCAAGGCCUUGGAGAUUGCAGACUUCAGCGGGAACCCUUUGUCUAGGCUCCCGGAAGGCUUCACUCAACUGCGCAGCCUGGCUCACCUGGCCCUGAAUGACGUGUCCCUGCAGGCGCUGCCCGGGGACGUGGGCAACCUCGCCAACCUGGUGACCCUGGAGCUCCGGGAGAACCUGCUCAAGUCUUUGCCUGCGUCCCUGUCCUUCCUGGUCAAGCUGGAACAGCUGGAUCUGGGAGGCAAUGAGCUGGAAGUGCUGCCUGAUACCCUGGGGGCUCUGCCCAAUCUUCGAGAGCUGUGGCUGGACCGGAACCAGUUGUCCGCACUGCCCCCGGAGCUCGGGAACCUGCGGCGCCUGGUGUGCCUGGACGUGUCGGAGAACCGGCUGGAGGAGCUGCCCUCUGAGCUCGGCGGGCUGCUGCUGCUCACGGACCUGCUGCUCUCCCAGAACCUGCUGCAGCGGCUCCCUGAUGGCAUCGGUCAGCUGAAACAGCUGUCCAUCCUGAAGGUGGACCAGAACCGUCUGUGCGAGGUGACGGAGGCCAUCGGUGACUGCGAGAACCUCUCGGAGCUGAUCCUCACGGAGAACCUGCUGACGGCUCUGCCCCGCUCUCUGGGGAAGCUGACCAAGCUGACCAAUCUCAACGCGGACCGCAACCGUCUGGAGGUGCUGCCGCCCGAGAUCGGAGGCUGUGUGGCUCUCAGUGUCCUUUCCUUGAGGGACAACCGUCUGGCCGCCCUGCCGCCCGAGCUCGCCCACACGGCUGAGCUGCACGUGCUGGACGUGGCUGGAAACCGGCUGCGGAGUCUGCCGUUUGCGCUCACCCACCUCAACCUCAAGGCCCUAUGGCUGGCUGAGAACCAGGCACAGCCUAUGCUCCGGUUCCAGACGGAGGACGACGCCCAGACCGGCGAAAAGGUUCUCACCUGCUACCUGCUGCCGCAGCAGCCCCCACCCAGCCUCGAGGAGCCGGGGCAGCGGAGCCCUUCUGAGAGCUGGAGCGACGCCCCGCUCGGUCGCGUCAGCGUCAUCCAGUUUCUGGAGGUCCCCGCUUGUGGCGACGACGCCGAGGAAGCUGCUGCUGAGAAGCGGGGCCUGCAGCGUCGGGCCACGCCUCACCCCAGCGAGCUGAAGGUGAUGAAGAGGGGUGUCGAGGAACGUCGGGGCGAAGCCUUGUCCUGCAGGCCCGAGUCUGGGCCACCCUCGCCUUUGGAGGAGGAGAAGAGGCUGAGCACCGAGUCUGGCCUGAGCGAGGACUCACAGCCGUCUGCUAGCACGGCCUCCCAGGGUGACCCCGAGGGGCCGCUGACCGAGACGCAGGGGCCGAGCCAGCAGGAAGCCGGCCCGGGCACCCCAGAGGAGCCUGCGGAGGAGACUUACGAGGAGCCCACAGUGCGCUUCGCAGAGGACACGCUGCUGCUGCCCCCCCCGAGGGAAGACGGCGAGAGUGAGGAGGGGCAGCCGGAGGCGCCCUGGCCCCUGCCCGGUGGGAGACAGCGCCUUAUCCGCAAGGACACGCCUCACUAUAAGAAGCACUUCAAGAUUUCCAAGCUGCCCCAGCCCGAGGCCGUCGUGGCCCUGCUGCAGGGAGCACAGCCGGACGGGGAGGGCCCGGCAGGGCCUGGGGGCUGGCACAACGGCCUCCACACGGCCUGGGCUCCUCGGGACGAAGAGGAAGGUGAGAAGGAAGAGGAGGAAGAGGAGGCGGAGGAGGAGGCUCCUCCGGACCAAGAGGAGGCUGAGAAGGAGGCGGCGGAGGAGGUGACCCUGGUCUCCGCGCCCUCCAUCAAGGGGGUGUCGUUUGACCAGGCCAAUAACCUGCUGAUAGAGCCCGCACGCAUUGAGGAGGAAGAGCUCACGCUCACCAUCGUGCGGCAGACGGGGGGACUGGGUAUCAGCAUCGCUGGUGGCAGGGGUUCCACGCCCUACAAAGGGGAUGACGAGGGUAUAUUCAUCUCUCGAGUGUCAGAGGAGGGCCCUGCAGCCCGGGCGGGAGUCCGGGUGGGUGACAAGCUCCUCGAGGUGAACGGCGUGGCCUUGCACGGUGCCGAGCACCACCAGGCCGUGGAGGCGCUGCGGGGGGCCGGCAGCACUGUGCAGAUGCGGCUGUGGCGAGAGCGCAUGGUGGAACCGGAGAACGCGGUCACCGUCACGCCCCUGCGGCCGGAGGACGACUACAGCCCUCGGGAAUGGCGGGGAGCUGCCCUGCGCCUGCCCCUGCUCCAGCCGGACCCCGCCGGGCCCCUCCGCCAGCGCCACGUGGCCUGCCUUGUGCGCAGCGAGAAGGGGCUGGGCUUCAGCAUCGCCGGCGGGAAAGGCUCCACGCCUUACCGGGCCGGGGAUGGGGGCAUCUUCAUUUCCCGCAUCGCAGAGGGGGGUGCUGCCCACCGGGCGGGUACUCUGCAGGUCGGCGACCGAGUCCUCUCGAUCAACGGGGUGGACAUGACCGAAGCCAGGCACGACCACGCCGUCUCUCUGCUGACCGCCGCUUCCCCCACCAUCGCCCUGCUGCUGGAGCGUGGGGCCGGAGGGCCCCUUCCCCCCAGCCCUCCGCCACCCCCCCCCACGCCUCCCAGUGUGGCCAGCACCGCCGUGGCCGCUGCCACCCCUGGGGAGUCUGGGCCGCUGCGGCUGGCCCCCAGCCUACCGGCUGCCACCUUGGAGGGGCCAUACCCAGUGGAGGAGAUCUGCCUGCCGAGAGCCGGGGGCCCACUGGGGCUCAGCAUCGUCGGGGGCUCUGAUCACUCCAGCCACCCGUUUGGUAUCCAGGAGCCUGGCGUAUUCAUCUCCAAGGUGCUCCCACGGGGCCUGGCUGCACGCAGCGGCCUCCGGGUUGGGGACCGCAUCCUGGCAGUGAACGGGCAGGACAUUCGGGAGGCCACGCACCAGGAGGCGGUCAGUGCCCUGCUUCGGCCCUGCCUGGAGCUGGUCUUGCUUGUGAGGAGGGACCCGCCACCCCCGGGCAUGCGGGAACUCUGUAUCCAGAAGGCUCCCGGCGAGAAGCUGGGCAUCAGCAUCCGAGGGGGCGCCAAGGGCCAUGCGGGGAACCCCUGUGACCCCACAGACGAGGGCAUCUUCAUUUCCAAGGUGAGCCCCACGGGAGCAGCGGGGCGUGACGGCCGGCUGCGGGUGGGGCUGCGGCUGCUGGAGGUGAACCAGCAGAGCUUGCUGGGCCUGACACACGGCGAGGCCGUGCGGCUGCUGCGCGGCGUGGGCGACACCCUCACCGUGCUCGUCUGUGACGGCUUCGACACCGACGCUGCCGCCCCUGCCGAGGUGUCCCCGGGUGUCAUUGCCAACCCCUUCGCGGCAGGAAUUGGCCGCCGGAACAGCCUGGAGAGCAUCUCCUCCGUCGACCGGGAGCUGAGCCCCGAGGGCUCUGGCAAGGAGAAGGAGCUACCAGGACAGACCCCACAGUGGGGACUGGAAGCUGUGGGUCGGGGCCCGGAGGGCCUGAAGCUGGACCACCGCACCCUGGCCGCCACGCCCGGCGCUGGCAGCACGCAGAGGGUCCUGUCUGGAACAGCCGGAGGGAAGAUGGCCGAGGCUCCCUGCUCCCCCUCCCCCAGCUGCCAGCAGCUCCCCUCCCCGCCCUCCCCCGACGCACUGCCCACCAACGUGAAGCAGGCCUACAGGACCUUUGCCGCCGUGCCCGGCCCACACCCGCCGGACACCCCCGCCCAGGCCCCCACACCUGGGCCCGCGGCCUCCCCGGAGCAGCUCUCCUUCCGCGAGCGGCAAAAGUACUUUGAACUGGAGGUGCGGCUGCCCCAAGCCGAGGGGCCCCCCAAGCGCGUGUCCCUGGUGGGUGCCGACGAUCUGCGCAAGAUGCAGGAGGAGGAAGCCCGGAAGCUGCAGCAGAAGAGGGCGCAGAUGAUGCGGGAGGCAGAGGGCACCGGGCCCCCCCUGGACCUGGAUGGGGAACCCCCCGAUGAGCCAGAGGAGCUGCCUCCCCCGACCGGCCCCAGCACAGGGCUCGGACCCUCGUCCCCCCUGCCUCCGGGAGGCAGCGCCCCGGUGCGCACAGCCAAAGCGGAGCGGCGCCAUCAGGAGCGACUCCGUGUCCAGAGCCCUGAGUUGCCUGCGCCUGAUCGGGCUCUGUCCCCUGCCGAGCGCCGUGCCCUGGAGGCCGAGAAGCGCGCAUUGUGGCGGGCGGCCAGGAUGAAGUCCCUGGAACAGGACGCCCUCCGUGCACAGAUGGUCCUCAGCAAGUCCCAGGAGGGCCGAGGCAGGCGCGGGCCCCUGGAGCGGCUGGCGGAGGCCCCCUCACCGGCGCCCACCCCGUCACCCACCCCGUUGGAAGACCUCGGCCCCCAGACCAGCACCUCCCCUGGACGCCUGGCCUUGUCUGGGAGGAAGUUUGACUACAGGGUGUUUGCAGCCCUCCCUUCUUCCAGACCUGUCUAUGACCUGCAGUCCCCAGAUUUUGCUGAGGAGCUGAGGUCCUUGGAACCGUCUCCUGGCCCUGGCCUGCAGGAGGAGGACGGAGAGGUGGCCGUGGUGCUCCUGGGCAGGCCCUCGCCUGGCCCCGAGGAGGUGACGCUGUGCAGCAGCCGCCGCCCGAUCCGGCCAGGGCGCCGCGGCCUGGGCCCAGUGCCCUCCUAGAGGUCCUGGGUACCUCCCCUGACUCGGGUGGGGGCCCUGCCCACAGCACCACCGCCCCUGCCCCGAGUCUUUUAACCUGGGUGUUAGCAUUUUAAAGAGGCCCCUCCCCAGUUGGGACCUGUUGGCAAGACUGUAACUAGUGACGUUUGUACAACCAAAGACUCUAUUUUGUGGUUUAAGAAGAAUAAAGUUGACUACGUUUUA